AUGCUCGCCGCGCUCCUUGUCGGCCUGUCGGUCCAGGCGUCCACCACCUCAGUCAUCGAGGCUCAGCGCGUCUCCUUCCGCGUCUCUGGCGACGUCUCGGCGAAGUUUGGCCGCAGCGGCGCGGUCGCCUUGCGCUCAGUCAUCCCGGCGCCGUCGGCACCGCUGCAGCGCCUCGGCUGCCCGUGCACCCUUGAGGAGUUUGCGACGACGGCGCGAGAGUGUCGCUUCGCCGCUUCGCUCGCCUGCGCGCUCCUCCGCUGCGACGCCGUCUGCGACCCGGUUGGGGAGUGGGGCGCCGGCUUCACGCACGCGCACGACCACUAUGCCUAUGCCCACCUCUUGGAGGAGCCGAAGCGAAGCUGCGUCGUGGUGCUCCCGCGCGAGCCGGUGACGCUCACCCUGCGAGGCCACCCCGCCACCAUCGUGGCGCCGACGCCGUACUCGUCGUCGUCGCACGUCGCCUUUUUCGACUCGGUGGACGGCGCAGUCGAGGCCUGCGGCUCGACCGCCCAGGCGCCGCCGCCGGAGCCGGAGAUCUGCCUCGACGCGGGCGACGCGCUGGUGCUCCGCGGCGACCUGACCGAGCCGCCCGGAGGCCUGGGCGGAGGCAGCCUGGUCUACCAUUUCCGCGCGUGCGGGGCGAGAGACCGGGCGGUGCUGUUUGUGUCGCCGGCGCUCGAGGCGCGGGCCAGGCUAGCCGGGCCGGGCGGCGCGAGCGGAGAGGGAGGGCCGUCCUAG